AUGGGCGAUAAGUUGGAUUACGAUGAUUCAGAAUUUGAUGAUCCAAAGGUUGCUGCCUUAUUCUCAAGUCGUCGUCAAUCACGACGGUCUCUACCAUCUGUUUCAUCAGACGAUACCCGAUAUCACAAUAUCAAGACAUUGUUCAAAAACUUCUGUAACAGGACAAGUUCUCACGGUGUUCCAUUUUUGGGGUCCCCUUCAUUUUUCGGAUGGCGGGUUUGGAUGGUGGUAUGCUUUUGCGCUGCUACCCUUUUCCUCUUCCAGACAUAUUGGACGCUUUCGGAAUAUUUUCAGUAUCGGACCAUAAUCGAAAUGCAACUUCGAUUCGAAGCAGCUCCAUUCCCGGCAGCUACAGUAUGCAACUUGAACGCCUUCAAAUAUAGUGAACUUAUACAGUAUGAAGAGAUCAAAGAGGGGUUCGAUUACUGGGAAAGAGUGAUCAAUGCGCGUGAAAUGAAUGAGAUGUUGAAACAGGAUCAAGGCCUAAUGAAUAAAGUGGAUCUGAGGCAUAAACGGACACCACUAAACUUCCCAAUCGACGAGCAUGAUUUGAAAGGAGCUGUCUAUCAGCCAGUUUUCGUCAGAUGUACCUGCUUGAAUACGGAACAAUGCGUCCCAAACAGGAACCCUCUGGAGGUGAAUGCUUCUGUAUGUAUGUGCUUUGAAGAUGUCACUAAGGGUAUCAUUUGGCCUUGUUAUCCGACAAGUGUUUGGACUGUCAAGAAAUGUUCCCAUUGUUCGGCUAUAUCCAACACCUGCUCUGAUCCGGAUCAUCACAAUGGAACCAGCCAUCAGAAACCAGGACCAACACAACCAUGCCUUUGUCAAAGUAUCUCACAUCACUGUAUGGUUCAUCCAAAGGACGAGAUCAAAUGGUGGAAUCCGAAUAACUAUACGAUUUUCCCUGCCACAGAGCCUCCAACAACCAUCGUUACCGAAACUGAACAGGCUUUUGGACUGUCGGUUAGUUCUUCUUUCUUGCAAAGGCGCAGGAAUUCGCAAAUUUCAACAUCGAAUUUCUUCCUUCAUGUAUUAUAAUU